UUCAGAGGAAGUUUAGAAAACAGACAAUAUACGAGAAGAAGUGGAGGUGCCUUAGAAGACAGAUUCUGUUAUGAAGGCAUAAUGUUAUGCACAGGAUAGAGAUUCUAGAGGUUACUGCGGAUACUUUAUAAAGUCAGUCUCCUCCGCACAAGACUUGUAAAGAACUCAGAUAUUUGAAAAAUGGUGGAACCAUGUGACGAGCCAGUAGCUAUAGAGUCCACCACUCCAGAGCCUUCUCCUCUGGGGUCUUAUCAAUGGAAGAAAGGACAAAAGCGAAGCGUGUGGGAUCGACUUCAAGGGUGGAAGUCUUCUCGUGGGUCCCAGAACAAGGAAUCACAAAAAAGGCAGAUGCCUCUGUUUAAGAAGUCAAAGUCUACCAAAGAACCUAACACGGGGAGCUUUGUACAUUAUCUACGGUCGGUGCACCAGAAGGGAAGGAAGAAAGAGGUGGUGGAGCCAAUUGAGGUUAUAGAAGAACCACCACAUAUUCCUCCUCAAACCAACCAAGCGCCUGAAGUUCCUGUCUGGGAUGUAUCAAACUUGGCCCUCGUGGAAGGUCGUAUUCUGCUAUCCAAAGGAGAAGAACAGGAUGCAUUUCGUACCAGAAGCCGAGCAGGAAGUUGUGUAUCCAGCAAUGAAGUGGUGCAGACGGACAAGCUGGACACAGCUACAGACACUGCUUCUGAUGGAAAUAUAGAAGCGGACACGAAGAAUCAACACAAUAAUGUGAAGGGAUUAAUUCUAAAGAGGAAAAAAAAGAAGACCAGAAAGAAGACGGGGACAGUGUCACAGCAACUGGAUGAAAGGAGCUUGCAUGGAUCACAUGAGUCACUAGGCUGUGGGGACAUUUUGGACCUGAAUAAUGAAAAAGACAUCAUCAUAAGGGCUCUACAUAGCAGUAUACUUCAGGAGCAGUUCUGCUUUGAGGUCAUCACAGCCUCCGGUAGUCAUUGUUUUGGAUGUUCUUCAGUUCAAGAGCGAGAUCGAUGGAUCGACAAUCUCCGCAGGAUUGUGCAACCAGACAAGGAUAAUUGUCAACGUGAAGAAUCUUCUCUCAAUCUCUGGAUCCAUGAAGCCAAGGGUCUUCCCCAUUCAGGUCCUGGUUCCCGUGCUCUGUACUUCUGUGAAGUCCAUUUGGAUGGUUGUCUUUAUGGACGGACCUCUAGUAAGACAGCUGAAGCCGGCAUGGUUUUUUGGGGUGAAAGCUUUAACUUGAUGGAUUUGCCAUUCUCAUCAGGCCAUGUUGCUCUUCAUUUUCUUCGAGAGGGAAAAGAAGCCACUGGAGUAGGGACUGUUACACUUGCAUUGGAAGGAAUGAAGGAAGAAGUGGAGAGAUGGGUGCCUCUAGGUGGAGAUUUGACACUUAGAGUACGAGGCAGGUACCGAAAGCUUUGUGUUCGCCCACUAGAGAAGUAUAAGGAGUUUGCAGAGUAUCUAUCCUGGAAAUAUCUUAAGCUGAGCAGAGCAAUGGAGCCCAUUCUGAGUGCUCGAGAAAAAGAAGAGCUUGGCAGGUCAAUGGUAUAUGUUCUGCAGAGCACUGGCCAGGCCAAGGAGUUCCUUGUGGACCUUGGUGUAGCUGAGAUUUCUCGCUAUGAUGUCCAAGACUCAUUAUUAUUCCGGGAAAACACUAUUCUUACCAAGGCGAUUGAAGAGUAUAUGAAAAUGGUGGGACAAACGUAUCUGCAAGAGACCCUCGGCCCCUUUAUCACUCGCAUAUACGCAUCAAUGGAGAGUCAUGAGGUCGACCCACAGCGAUGUUCACCGGAAGAACUCAGAGAGAACCGAGAACAUUUAUGGAGGAGCUGUGAAGAAGCUAUUGAGUGCAUUGUGCAGUCCCAAAAACAUUUUCCUUCAGAGCUCUUGGUAGUAUUUUCUAGCUGGCAAGAAAAAGUUGUCAUGCGAGGAAGGCCGGAAUUGGGUUCCCGAUUGGUCAGUGCCUGCCUGUUCCUGCGCUUCCUGUGCCCGGCUAUUCUUUCCCCUGGACUAUUUCAUCUGUCACCUGAACAUCCUCAUCCAGUUGCUGCUCGUGCUUUGACCCUGGUGGCCAAAGUUUUACAGAAUCUGGCUAAUUUUACUAGGUUUGGAGAGAAGGAGGACUACAUGGCCUUUAUGAAUGGCUUCCUGGAGCAGCACUGGGAUGAGAUGUCUGUCUUUCUGCAGACAGUAACCGAUCCGGACAGUGAGGUGGCAGUGACAGGUUAUGAGGGCAGUGUGGAUCUGGCCUAUGAACUGUCCAUCCUUCAUUAUAUGCUGUGCGGGAUCUUCACUGGUAUCCAUCAGCAAACUAAAGACCAUCUGGAGCCAUUGCCUACAAUUUUAAAAGCUUUGGCUGAGGGUUUACCUGUUCCUGAAUGCAUCACCCAGGAUCAGAGUCAAGAUAACAGUGAAGAUCCCGAAAUCAUAUUUCCAAGAGACAUGUGCAAUCUCCGCCCACUUGUAAAAAAGAGCCAAUCUCUGAGCAGCCUCAUAAAGGAAAGACUAUUCCCACUUCCGAAAAUAGAGGAGAGGGAGAGAAAGAGUAGACGUCAUGUGACAAGAACACAGAGUGUCCCGGCCCAGACCAGACCAGGUCGUGAACGUAGGACAAGACAAGAUACCUCUUCUGUGGCUGAGAAAGAUGAAGAUGAGACUAAAGGUGCUGGUAUAACGAAACCAAUACGACCAAGGCAAUCGUCUACUCUACCUAGACGGAAGUCAACCGUGCCAUGGUGCAGGGAUGAAGAUAUACACUUUGUAAAGCAAGCAAGAGAAGUUGAAGAAGACCAGGAGCUGGACCUACAAGAAAUGAAGGGGCAAAUAGCAGAAAAUCAGAACAAGCAAAAAGAUUUGGCAGGACAGAUGUGCAACAUGGAAGAGAAGAUGCAGAAAGCUCUGGACCAAUUGUCCAAAGUGGAAGAGAUGCACAAGGUGUUACAAGCUGAGAUGACCAACCAGAUGACACAAAUGCAAAGCAGGAUUGAUGCCUUAGAGAAGGAACACGGGGAAGAGAAGACACAAAGAGAGAAGAAUGAAGAGAAGAUUGCAGCAAUGGAGAGACGUCUGUCAGUUCUCGAGAAUACAUCUAGAAACUCCAAAAAAGGUCACAAUGGAAAUAGGCAGAACAUUGAUGAUGCCUUAGAGGACGCCCCCAUCACUUAUGAUAUGGAUGGAACAGAAAGCUCUGACACCGAUUAGUUUAUGCACCAAUUCAUGGACUAUCAGGACUAUCAGGGUACUCCGCUGCUCAGAGUUUGGAACAAGCUGUUCUGAACGCUGGAGCCAGCGCCGGGAGCUUGUGACUCCAUAGCAACGCUCCUCAUGACGUCACGUCCCUCCCCCUCAAUGCAAGUCUAUGGGAGGGGCAUGACAGCCAUUGAGGGGGUGGGGCAUGACAUCAUGAGGGGGUAGGGUUAUGACAUCACGAGCUCCCGGUGCCAGCUCCAGCGUUCGGAACAGUUUGUUCCAAACGCUGAGCAGCGGAGUACCUCUUUAACACAAAAUGGUGCAAAGAUUUUGUACCUGGUUUGGCCUCAUCACUUUUCCACCUAAACAUAUACAACAUCUAUUUACAUAAAGCUAGCCAUAUAUAAGGCUUUUAAAUGGCCAUUUUUUGUAAUGACUUGUUUUUCAUGGUUGGUCUGUGAGGGUUGCUAUUGUGAACAACAGUGUCAGAAGUUAUAACAACAAUUUAUUGUUUUAUCAUUUUUUUCUAAAACAACAAUUUGCUGAUGAAUUUCUGCCACGAUCUUGGCCUACCCUGGCCUUCUAUUGGUCGGAUUUAGAUAUGUCACUAAAUAACAUUCAAGUGCAAGAACCAACAGUGACUAAAUUAUUACAACAAGGCAGAGCAGCUUUUUGGCAGAUAUCUGCCUUUACUUGGCAGCUGUCUUGCUUGUAGUGUCAUGAAAAGGCACCAAUGGUUGAAAGAGAACGACCUUCCUAAAACUCAAUGGCCUACUUAUCUCAUUGUUGUCAGCCUUUGUAUCGCAAUACCCAAAAUAAAAUGCAUCUUGU